AUGGAGAACUUCAACAGCAGCGAUGACUAUAAUGCCAACACUGCAGGAGGUAUAGGUAAUGCCAGUACCUCACCUGUUGGCGGCGUCUACACACAUCAACAGCAAUACCAAGAACAACAACCAACAUACUCACCCCCACAACAACAACAACAACAACCAACAUACUCACCUCCACAACAACUACCUCCACAACAACAACAACUACGUAACCGUAGCAAUCCAAAUUAUAACAAUAGUGGCGAUAAUGAUAGUUCCAAUAACAACUGGGUCGAGACGAUCAAGUUGUUCGACUUCUAUCCCAAACUGGACGAGUCGGUGCCCCUGCAAAAGACUGUGUACGGAGGCAUGGCCACGACGAUCUGCCUCAUCUUUACAUUCUUCCUGCUGUGCUCCGAGAUGUACUACUACACAUUCCCAAUCAGAAACCAUUCGCUCAGAGUGGACAUCACGCGCGGCAAUCGUCUGCAGAUCAACCUUGACAUUCACUUCCCGAGCCUGGUGUGCUCCGACAUCAACGUCGAGUCGGUGGACGGCAUCGACGGCCGCCCCAUCAAGGACGCCGCCUUCCAGCUCGUGCGCGAACGUCUGGACAAGCACGGCGUAAUCAUCGAUCCCUCCAACCCACCCCCUGGCUUCUUUGCCUGUGUGCCCUGUCAGCUGCCCGCCGGCAAGUACUCGGUCAUCUCGGCGCAGCGCUGCUGCAAUGACUGUGACAGUCUUCGUAGCUUCUAUCGCAACAACAAGGUGCCCCAGCACAUUGCCGAUCUCGCACCUCAAUGUCUCAUCCGUGAGCCCGAGCAUGAUGACGAGGGCUGUCGUAUCUACGGCACUCUGUCAGUUCAAAAGAUGAAGGGCGACAUUCAUAUGCUGGCGGGCAAGGGCGUCGAGCAGCAGCAUCAAGGCCACUCACAUCACGUGCACGAGUUCACACACGACCAGCUCAAGAGACUGCACAAGUUCAACAUCUCGCAUCACAUCCACCAGUUCUCGUUUGGCAACCACGUGGAGGGACUCGUCAACCCGCUGGAAGGCUACGGCGUGCUCACUCACGGCCUUGGCCUGCAGACCUACUACAUCCAGGUCGUGCCCACCAUCUACCGCCAGAACGAGUACGUGCUCGAGACCAACCAGUACUCAUUCACCAGCGAGUACACGCCAAUCACACCAAUGCGAUUCACAAACCCUGGCCUGUACUUCAAGUAUGAUAUGUCGCCUCUGAUGAUCGAGGUGGAUCAAUCGUCCAAACCGUUUGUCGAGCUGAUCACCUCGGUGUGUGCCAUUGGCGGUGGUAUGUACGUAGUCUUUGGCAUACUCUACAACGUCAUCUACAAGGUCUUGUCAAAGGCCAAAGCUGGCCAGAAGAGAACUAAAUAG